AUGACUCUGAAACCUGAGCUGAGGAAGCACAAGUGGGAGCAGGUGAGCUCACAAGCUCAGAGUCAGGUCCUUGCAGUACCUAAAUUCUACACUGCUAAAUUCUCUGAGACACACAGGCAGAUUAAUUAUUCACUUGAAUUCCUUGUGGAUAAUCCACACUCCCACUGUGAUCUUGCCAAUAUCAACAAUCCUGGUACUUCUAAGAAAGGAAAUAAUUAUUUAAUAAAAGCAUUACUGAUUUGCUAAGAUAAAAAUUCCACAUGGCAGAGAGACAUGGAAGACAGGUUUAUUGUGCUGGACAACCAUGAAAGUAGGUCAGAUACAUGCUUUCUGGAGAUUCUUGAUGGCUGUCACGGUGUGACAGCUACAGAAACAAUUGUAGCAAAGCUUCCACUUUUAUUUCUUGAACAGCUUUCUCACAUAGAUUCCUCCUACAAAAACAAAAACAAAGAGCAAAUUCUAGAUUUUUUUUUGCCGCUUCAAGUAAUCAAGGCAGAUUAUAGAGAAAAAGAGAAAAAACAGGCAAUGAGGAGACCAACAAGACCAGUCUUGUCAAGAAAGUGUACCAUGAAAAUGUAUGCCAAGUCCUUUUGAAGAAUCAGAUUUUUACAGCCGGGAAGGAAUGAGGUUUCCAAAGUUCACUGCAGUUCAGUGGUAAAAAUAAUUCCUAGUGAAGAGAUGGAUGGCACUGGGGAGGAAAGAAAACAUCCUGAAAACAACACACAUAGUCCAUUAGCCAGGACAGCUAAAGGCGUUACUGGGCUACUGCACAUUGCUAUUAUAGGUAAGUAUAUAAGUAUAUUCCAUGCCAGGAUUUUUUUCCCCCUUCAUCCAAUUAUGAAAAAAAAACCAAAAAACAACCAAAAAAACCUUAAAGCAUAAAUUAAUCUAGAGAUCUGCUGGCAGUUGGUAUCUGGAGAUAAAAAGCAGCAAUUCCUUUAGCUUGACAACGUGAAGGAGACAUGAUAAAUUCCCUCACAACUGAUACUGCUAUCAGACAAUAGGAUUCAGCUUAUUAGGUAAGUAGCCUAAGCACAAUAUUCGAAUUAAAGCAUUUAAUUCAAUUUACUGAUAUAAGAGUUAAGAAGCAUUCCAUAAUACACAAGGGACCUCUAUAAGAAUAGUAUGAAUUUUUUAAUUUUAAUUUUUUUAAUUUUUUAAAUCAAGAGGUUUCAAGUAUCAUCACUUCAGGACAGGAUUCUGAUUUUUGAUCUGAUAAAGUCCUGGUGUCAAUGAAACAUGCUUAAGAUAUUCUUUGACUUCAUUUGUUUCAUUGGACUAACUGCCACCACAUUUUGCUACCAACAAACUGAAAACAUGAUUUGAGGGAAUAAUCUGAAUUAUUAUUUUCUGAAAUAGGAACCAGUUGUAUUUUACUGUCAUGAAAGAACUAUUCAGAACUGUUUCCUUAUGAAGUAGAACCUUGCUUUUCUAUAGUACAGAAUCAGUUAUUUAUUACAAUAAGAAACGAUGAUACAUUCCUAAUGCUUCUGCACCCACUCCUGCUACAAGAGAUACUAGAAAAAGCUCUUGCAAACUAGCAACUCUACUCACUGUAUCUUCCCACCUGGUGAUUUUUGUUACCAGUCAAGCCCUCUCCUGUACAUGAAACAGCUGUGAGAUUACAAGCAAGAUACUUGCUUUCCCACAAAGGAAUGCACAAGCAGUUAUAUAACAAAACAAAACAAAACAAAACAAAACAAAACAAAACAAAAAAAAAAAAAAAGAUGGGUGAAGAGUUCCAAAUGGAUUUGUGUCUACUGUUACAUUCUCUUCCUGCUUCUGCCUGAAGCACAUGCCCAGCACUACACCACUUUCACACCAUCCCUCUCCCUGGCAUCAGUAAACUGGGCUGACACUGCAGCUGACAUCAGAGGCUCUCUUUCUUCCUGUGAUGUGUGCAUUCACACAACUUUUAAGACUUCAUAUUUCUCCAUAUGAAAUUUGACCAAAACUUAUGAAGAGGGUCAAAGAUUAGCAGAAAAAAAGGAGAACCAUUUGCGAGGCUUCGUUGCUGUCAGGACAAAAAAAAAAAUAA